AUGGCGGGACCUUCAAACAUCUCACAGGCUUCCCUACUAGACCUCAAGGCAAUCACGGCCGAGCAUGUGGAUAGGUUCUCCAAAGAAGGACGCAGCGCUCAGAGGUCUGUCAAGCGGGCAAAGUUGGAGUCCAAAGACCCGUUUGAUCGCCCAUCUCCCGGUCUGAUCAAACGUCUUGCGGCGGAGGCUAAGAACGAUGCGAAGCGGCGGCAUUUUCAAGACGAGGCAGGACCUAGCGACGAGCAGCGGAGGCGGAUCCUGGAGGCCAAGGCGAAGAAGUAUGAGCAGCUUCGAAGGGGUGAUCAUUCCGGUAUGACGGAGAGGGAGCUUGCUGAGGCCGUGAUCGAUUUCGACAGAAAAGCCGAAGAGGAGUGGUCUGAUCAUUCGUCCGAUGUGGAUGAAAGUGCUCCGCCAGCCAGACGACUGGAAGCUUCGUACAAUGAGAAUCAGGAAGAAGUCUACGAUGAUCUCGCUCGAGUGGAGUAUGUCGACGAAAUGGGUCGAACACGGAUUGGAACCAGGCGAGAAGCUAGAGAAGCCGAAAAAGCAAGGCAAGAAGAGAGUAGAACACCAGCACCGAUAAUCCCAGCAGAUAAAUCAUCAUACGCGGAAGUUAUACAAUCUAAUGUCAUUCAUGGGGAUCAGAAAAUCUUUCCGGUCUACGAGCCUGACCCCGACGCGAUACGAGAAAAAUAUAGACAAGCCGAGGAAGAAGCUCGGGCACAUCAUUAUGAUUCCACCAAGGAAGUUCGCACUCGAGGCGCUGGAGCUUAUCAAUUCUCCCUUGACGAGGACGCGAGGAAAGAGCAGAUGGCUUCGCUUGAUGCUCAGAGAGUUGAGACUGAGAACGCACGUGCAAAAGCUGGAAAUCGUGGAGGUCUGACAGCUGCACAGGAGAUGAGGAAGAGAAAGUUGGACGAGAGGAAGGCCUUGGUGGAAGCAAAACGGACAAAGAUGUUGGGUGGAGCGGAGGAAGUUGAGCGAUUGAGACGAGAAAAGGCAACUGAAAACCACAUUUCCCGGAUGCGUGUCGACCGUUGUGAUUUUUCAGGCUUCAAAGUGUAUCCAUCGAACGGGAAGACAUAUGUUCGGGGAGAUUCAAAGGUCUUCAGAUUCUUAAACUCCAAAAAUGAAUCCCUUUUCUUACAGCGCAAGAACCCGCGUAAGAUCGCUUGGACGCAGGUGUACCGACGCAUGCACAAGAAGGGUAUCACUGAGGAGGUAGCCAAAAGGCGAAGCAGAAAGAAUGUUAAGACUCAGCGUGGUGUGGUCGGUGCCGACAUCAGCACCAUUCUUGCCAGAAGGACCGCCAAACCCGAGGUUCGCGCCGCUGCUCGUCAAGCUGCUAUCAGCAAGGCCAAGACGGAGAAACGUGAGAAAGAGUCCAAGAAAGCUACCAAACCCGCUGGAGGUGCUCCCACCGCGCCCAAGGUGUCUAAACAAGCUAUGAAGGGUGCUGGUGGUAAAGGUGGACGUUGAGUGUCUUUCAUUCAUCUCAGAUCUGAUGUAGAAGUGCAAGACGAUCGUUGUGUGCAUGGAGUAUCAACUGA